AUGGUUAAUGAGAAUUUCCCUCAAUUUAUCAUGCUAGCUUCAACUGAUGUUGAUUUCUAUGACACAAUUAAGUGUUUAGCUAAGCAAGGGUCAACUAUAUUUAUGGCCAAAAGCGAGAAUGAUGAUGGAAGCAUUUUUCUUGUCCCUCGCUAUGUAGGAGUAUAUGUUACCUAUAACUGGUGUUGUAUGCCAUCGGGGUAUGGAAGGUUAUACAAAGCAGCAUAUGGGACAUGGAAGGCACAAAUGUAUGUGGAAAUGGUGUCUCAGGAAUAA